AUGGUUCUAUUUUUCUAUCUUUUCCAAGGUUCUUUCCUACAGAAAGCUUCGAAUGACACUCUGAUCAGUGACACUACCUCUUCAACUAUCACUCAUCUACUAUUUCAUCUUGCUCGUGAUCGAGAACUUUCCACAAAACUUCAGCAAGAGUUGGAUAAGCUUCCGAGACUUCACGAUAGAGAUCUAAUAAGCAUCGAACUUCUCGACGCUGUUAUCUUUGAGACCCUUCGAUUACACCCGGCAACACCAGCUGGGCUAUCGCGCACUACUUCGGAAAAUGGCCUGAUGGUAAACGACACUUACAUCCCUUAUGAUGUCGUUGUUACAGUACCUCUCUACACACUUUUCAGAGAUGAACGUUCAUUCGAGCGCCCACAUGAGUUUAUCCCGGAGCGAUGGACAGAGUCUCCUGAGCUUGUCAAGGAUCGAUCUGUUUUCAUCCCAUUUCUUAUCGGUGAGACACUGCUGUGUGAUGUAUAUUGGGAAUAUCUUUGA